UUUCCCUAGUUUGUUUUCUUAGCAUGGUCACAGGAGAUUACCAAAUCUCAUGGCCAAGCUUUUUCCUUCUCGCUUUUUUGGUACGCCAGCACUCUGCCCUUUCUGUUCCAGUAAAUGGUCCCAUAUGAAAAUAUUCCAUAACACUAGCAUUGCUGUCUCGGAAUAUAAAGUUAUCAUGUUGACUCUCUGAUUACAUCCAACAGAAGUGUGUAAGCAUGAUAGGACUAAACUCUUAUCUAAAGCUGCAUAGAAGUACACACACACAGCCUUCACUCAGCAGUAGGCCUACUCCCACACAUAUAAAAAGGGUACCUCAGAUGUUAAACUGUGGUGUAAAUACUGUUUUAUAAAGACAGCAGUGGAAACCAAAACUCCAUCUUACAGAAACAUGCGUGCCGUUGUGCUUCUCUUCCUGGUGGCGGCGGCCAGCGCUGAGGUGUAUGACCGCUGUGAACUGGCCAGGACUCUCCAGGCGGCAGGGAUGGACGGCUACUGGGGAGUUGGCCUCGCCGACUGGAUCUGCCUGGCUAAAUGGGAGUCCAGCUACAACACCGAUGCCAUCGACCACGACUCGGACGGGUCAACUGACUUCGGAAUCUUCCAGAUCAACAGCCGCUGGUGGUGUAACGACGGUCACUCAAGAACCGCUAAUGCCUGUGGAAUCAGCUGCUCAGAGCUGCUGAGUCCCAACCUGAGCGUGGCCAUUCAGUGUGCCAAGCGUGUGGUCAGAGACCCCAAUGGCAUCAGCGCCUGGGUGGCUUGGCGUGUUCACUGCCAGGUCCAGGACCUGAGCUCCUAUGUUGCUGGCUGUGGUGUUUGAUCAGUGCCUUGUUGCUUUGAUGAUGUUCUCAAAUUCAUUAAACCCAACAAAGAAUGUUGUAUGUUAAUCAUUGCAUUGUUGUACAGCAUUGUUUUUUUAAUGUCUUCAAAAGAUUUACAGUUAUACUUCCCUCUUCCAGAAAGAGGAACUGAUAUUGAACCAUCACCACCCAAGCUGUUACACCAUAAUUAAGUCGUAUGAUCAUUAUUGCCUUUGCUCAGAAUUUUCCAAGUUCACUUAGCAUGCUAGGGGUAUAAUCUCUUCUCUAAAUUUGACGAUAGACAUAUUCCAAAAAUAAACACAUCCAUGCACAUGAAGAUUAUUUAUGAACACGUUAAUUUCCAUGAGAACGGUGAACUGAACACAACUUAAUGACAAAUAAUGAAAUUGAACGGUGAACACCUUCAUAUUAUCUGAGGUCCGACGCCAUUGAUGUCGAGACGAUGUUGAGACAAAAUCGCACUUCAUAUUUAUGAGCAAAUUAUGAAUACAUUAAAUAAGUUAUGGAUAUUAUUGAUUGAUAAUAUUUCAGUAUGCAAUCAAAGGAAACGGCAUAUACAAUAUCACUUCUUUUCAGUGUCUAGUUUUUGUGCAGUAGUGAAAAAAGCAAAAAGUGUCUCAACUGUACUCAGUCUACCAUCCGAUGCACCUUAUUAUUAUGUGCGGGAUUUUUACACACUGUCUGAUAAAGUUUCCGACAGGAAAAAUCUCACUUCUCUGUGCAAAUGAUGUCCUCCUGAAAAACUAGCAAUAAUUAAAAAAACAUAUAUAUUUUAGGAAUUGAUACAUACAGUACGAAGUGCAGUUUAGGGCAAGGGGAAGUGAUGGAUAAAGUUUUAUUUAAAAAAACAAG